AUGGAAAAGAUAAUCCAGGUCAUUCUUUUCGACUCAAGUGAUUUCACUGAGUUUGGUGACGAUAAACAGGUGCUCGCAUUGGCGUCCUCCGACAGCGCACCCGUAUUCACCACCACUAAAGUCGUUGUUCAAGGUCAAGGUAAAGUAUUCAAAGAUGUGAUUGAGCCACUAGAAAGAGUUAACGCUAACACAGUCGCAACUACAAGGGAGAUAUUAGAGACCUUGGAUCACCACAAGAGGAGGUUCUACACAUUAACAACAGUAGUUAAUGAGAGGAGGUGGGAGAAGAUGAAGGAUAAACUGCACACUGAUAUUGAUUCAUUCAAAACUUUUGUUGUUUGA